ACAUUGGCGGACGAGUUAAUGGCUGUCAGACCGCAUUUGUUUCGAUUCGCAAGCGAUGCCACAGAGAGCGACGAGGAAGCGCUGGCGGAAAUCCUUGCUGUCAAUGAUCAGGUGAGCUUUCAUGCGGGGUUGGCGAGAAGUGAAUUAUUCGAAGAAUUGGAAGAAGAAGAGAACGAGGAGAACGAAGACGAAGGAGGCGUUGGUGACGAAGGCGAUGUCGGUCAGCCGGCAGGAGGAGUCAGCCAGCCGGAGACCGACCUCACAAGCAGAAGACGACGUCAGUUCGACGGGAUGUCUUGCCCGGCUGGUGCGAUUUGUGAUUUCUGCCGACGGGUGGCGUUCGUUACUACCUCGGUUAACCAGCUCAUACAGAAAUAUCGCAAUUUUUCACAAACAGGACGUGUACGACAACACAAUGGCGGCUCAUCUGAGGAAGCAGCUGACCUCCUCGGCCCAGAGCCGUCCGACUCCCUAACGGCACCAACGUCAUCUACCGUACCACUAGACUUUCAUACCGAUGAUUUACUGGAACAGAAGUGCAACAAGGACGUGCCAAGCAGCAGCUCCGAAUUCUCGGAUUCGAUGACUCCAGCAUUACCACGAAAAUUGAAACCACCAUCACAACCAACAUCAUCUGUUUUGGACGAUUUGUCCACGCUUAUUGAUGGAGACCUCUUCUCCAAGCAGCCUCCUCAUCAAACACUGGAGGACAAAGGCUCAUUGGAUUUAGCCGGCAUUACGCCAAAAUUCCCCGUUGCUACUGCAUAUUUGAUGCUUUGCGUGCUACCCCUAGAUGACAUACAUGAGGUUGAUUUGGACUUCUCACUGACCUACACCCAACAGUUCGAGAGAUCCAUCACGGGCAACGUCGUCGUACCGCUUUGA